GAGCUGUAGCUGUAAAAUGUAGAGAAAUAAAUAAAUCUUUAAUGAAAUUUGGAUCUCACCAUUCUCUUCUCCCUCAUGUUAGUGUAGUGUGUUUCUUGUGAUCUCUUUGACUUUACAUCAUAAAGAUAUGAGAAGAAACAAACAACAAAAACAUGACAAAACUCACAGUCACAAACCUAAUAAACAUAAUCAAAGACAAAGCUUCACAAAGCAAAGCAGCGUUACUUUCUAAACCCACCACCCUCUCUCUCUUACGCGCCACCACCCAUGACUCCUUCACUCCUCCCACCCACAAACAUAUCUCCACGCUCCUCUCUUCCACCGACGGUUCACGCGCCACCGCUUCCUCCUUUCUAGAACUCCUUAUGGACCGUCUUCAGAACACCAACAACGCCGCCGUUGCACUCAAGUCUCUCAUCAUCGUUCAUCAUAUCAUCAGCCAUGGUAGCUUCAUACUUCAAGAUCAGUUAUCUGUUUACCCUUCAACCGGUGGUAGAAACUAUCUUAACCUCUCGAAUUUUCGACAUAAUACAAAUCCAACUUCCUGGGAACUUUCUUGUUGGGUACGUUGGUUUGCUCAACAUAUUGAGAAUCUUUUAUGUACUUCACGAAUCUUGGGUUUCUUCUUUCUUGGAAAGUCUUUGUGUGAUGGUGAAGAGAGAGUUUCUUGUCUUACAAACUGUGGUUUGUUGAAGGAGUUUGACUCUUUGGUGACACUGGUUGAGGGGAUUUGUAAGAGACCAGAUCAAGUGAACAUGAACAAGUUGGUGGGUGAGAUAGUGAAUUUGGUUUGUGAAGAUUGGGUGGUGAUAGAAACUGUGGUGAUUGUUGAAGUGAAUGAGUUUAAGGAGAGAUUAGGGUGUUUGGAAUUUGGAGAAGCUGUUGAAUUGGUUUGUUGUUUGAAGAGGUUGGAAGAGUGUAAGGAGAGGGUGGUGAUGAUUUUGGAGUCACAACAGGGGUUAUGGGAUUCGGUGAGAGAGGUGAAGGAUAAGGUUGGUAUGGAGGUGUAUAAGGAAAAGGGUAAGGUGCAUAAGGAGGGAAGAAAGUCAAGGUUUAGUGAGUCUGAUCGGUUUUCUGCUAGAGUUAUCAGUUCUCGUGAUUCCCUUUGGUUUCCCUCUGGAAGUGAUACUGAUAGCUGCAAUAUUAAAGGUUUGUGGAUGAAGCUAUAAUACACAAGAGGUGGAUUUAUGAAAGGUUGCAGCCAUCUAAAAGUGGACUAUGAGUAUUCUUUUCAUGUGUACCGUAGAAAAAAGCAAACACUGGUUACUGGUAGUACAGUACCAACCCGUCUGAUAAAUUUGUUAUUGGUUACUGAAGUGUCUAUGUUAAGGAAUGGAUAAUAUGUGGGAAGUCAAAUUAUGCAGCUUUAGCACUACCCCACAAUGGUACUACUACUACUACUAGAUAUUAGCAAUAGCAUCUCAUGACUAAAAAGUGAAUGAGAUGAUCUAAUUUUCUAUUAUUUUGGACCAAAUAUUUCAAGGGAAAUGAAUCAUUCAUAUAAUUCAUGCCACCA